CUCUUUCUCGUUGAACUCGAGCGCUGCCUCUGGCGGUAGUUUAGCGCGAGGAACUCCCGAACUACUUCGGCAACCCGUUAUAACGGGCGAUAUGGCGACCGAGGAAAUAAUCAAGCGUUUUCUUAAGAAAAGAUGAAGAUAGCUGAUACUCAGUAAGAAUGAGCGAGUUUCAGGUUUCACACCAUGUGAUGAUCACCCGGGACGUGUGAACUUAUUUAAGAACUCCUGUGUUCAGAAGAUUUUUUGAUUCCAGUGGAAUCUUUCAUUUUUUUCCAUCUAUUAUUUCCUUUUUGUUAAAUGACACACCCAAUCACACAUACACCCACACGCACACCCAGGAGAUCCCCCACCACCCUUGUUUACAUGUAGAACAACCUUGCUACAAUGCCUGUACAAGCUCCACAAUGGACAGAGUUUUUACUGUGCCCCAUAUGCACCCAGACGUUCGAGGAGACGGUGCGCCGGCCCAUCAGUCUGGGUUGCGGCCACACUGUUUGCAAGAUGUGCCUCAACAAGCUGCACCGCAAGGCUUGUCCCUUUGACCAGACAGCCAUCAACACUGACAUCGAGCAGCUGCCCGUCAACUCUGCCCUGCUACAGCUGGUCGGGGGUCAGGUGCCCAAACAGCAACCUGUGGCACUCAUUACGUGUCCAGAGGACACCAAGCAUUAUGAUGAGGCUCGGCAGUGCGUUGAGGAGCUGGCCCUCUACCUCAAACUCAGCAGUGCACGAGGAGUGGGGUUGAGUAAUGCUGCUCAGAGCAUGCUGAGUCGCCCCAUGCAGAGGAAGCUGGUGACUCUGGUGCACUGUCAGCUGGUAGAAGAGGAAGGACGGGUCAGAGCCAUGCGGGCGGCCCGCUCGUUGGGUGAAAGAACUGUUACGGAGCUCAUUCUGCAACACCAAAACCCCCAGCAGCUCUCCUCCAACCUGUGGGCUGCUGUGAGAGCCAGAGGUUGCCAGUUCCUGGGCCCCGCCAUGCAGGAGGAGGCACUAAAGCUGGUGCUGUUGGCCUUGGAAGAUGGAUCUGCUCUUUCUAGGAAGGUUCUUGUCCUCUUUGUGGUCCAGAGACUUGAACCGAGAUUUCCUCAGGCCUCCAAAACCAGUAUUGGACAUGUAGUUCAGCUCCUCUACCGUGCCUCCUGUUUCAAGGUGACUAAGAGAGAUGAGGAUUCAUCGCUAAUGCAAUUGAAAGAGGAGUUCCGCACGUACGAGGCACUUCGGAGGGAACACGACUCUCAAAUUGUUCAAAUCGCAAUGGAGGGAGGGCUCCGCAUCGCCCCUGAUCAGUGGUCCUCUCUGUUGUAUGGAGAUCAGUCUCAUAAGUCACACAUGCAGUCCAUCAUUGACAAGCUUCAGACCCCAGCGUCGUUUGCUCAGAGCGUGCAGGAGCUGACCAUCGCACUGCAGAGAACGGGUGACCCUGCCAAUCUCAACCGGCUAAGACCUCACCUUGAGUUGCUCGCUAACAUCGACCCCAGUCCAGAUGCUCCUCCUCCUACCUGGGAGCAGCUAGAGAAGGGGCUAGUGGCGGUAAAGACGGUGGUGCACGGCCUAGUGGACUUCAUCCAGAACCACAGCAAGAAGGGUGCCGACACGCAGCAGCCACCCCAGCACAGCAAAUACAAGACAUACAUGUGCAGAGACAUGAAGCAAAAAGGAGGCUGUCCCAGAGGAGCUAGCUGCACAUUCGCCCACUCUCAGGAGGAGCUGGAAAAGUACCGUAAAAUGAACAAACGUCUUGCUGCACGAGUGCCCUGCACCCCUGGUCUGCUGCCUGACGAGGUGGUCCCUCUGGAGCCUGGGCGAAAGGCCUCUACCCUUACUAACGGCAUUGUAACUGGUCCUGGGACGCCUCUUCCCCAGCUCAUCGCCAGAGGCACAGACCCCUCCACAUAUGACCUCUUACUCAAGCCUAAGAUGGAUGCCACUAGCCUCAGUGCUCCUGGGUCUCCACCUGACUCUUUGGAUAAAUCUGGCUUGACACUGACACCCCACCCUGUGCCUCACUCCAGGGCGGAGCACUUACCCAUGCCUAAGCAGGUGCCAGUCGUGCACAGAGGUGCGCCACAGAUGUAUUCGCAACAGCAGACCGAGCUCUUCUAUCCAGAGCCAGCCAGACCUCCUGCCUCAGGAUCUCAGUAUGAUACUCCAUACCCAGCAGGCAACCCCUACCCAUACCAACCUCCACAGUAUGUUCCUCCCCGCUACAUCCGUAACCCGCCUCCCCCGGGCGAGUCUGCAGUGCCACCUUACACAGAGUCCUACCCAGGUUAUGGCCCAGAAAGCCAAUAUCAGGGCCACCACGCUGGUCCUCCUUUCUCAGCCCACACCUAUGCACCGCCCCCCCAUUACAGUCGCAGGCACGGACACUAUCCCACACCCCCACCUCAGUUUGCCCCUCCCAGAGACGACUUAGUCAGGAUGAGCCCGGUUCCUUUGGACGUUCCCCCGACUGCUAUGCCUCCGCCUCCAGCAGGAGCUGCAGGUUCUCUGUACCACCCCCAGGAGACAUCAUCCAGAGACAGAUACCCAUCGGACGGGUACUAUUCUGCUGGACCACACCAUAGCCAGAUGAGAUCCCACAUAAGAGACCCAUACAGCCGCUCUCAGCCCAGUCUGGAUGACUUGCAUCGCAGGCGCAAGGAGCUGCUUGUCCAGCUGGAGGAGAGAAAAGUCAUCUCCCCUCCCCCCUUCGCUGCCUCCCCCACUCUCCCUACACACCCGUUCCCCAACGACUACCCUCAGGAGUAUUUGGAGGAUGGCUCUAAAGCCUUUGGAAGUCGGGAGCCAGACUAUGCUGGGCAGUAUUCCCCCUGGUCAUGUGACACCAUAGGAUCAUACAUUGGCUCCAAGGAUGCUAAACCAAAAGAUGUCAGUAGUGCUGUGGAGAUGAUGAAUGCAGAGGGAAAAGUUCUGCGUGAACCUCCACUGGACUCCCAGCGGCGCUCUGCGGAAGCCAAAGACGACGAUCCCAUCAUUCCCUUUGGUCCUCUGCCCACAGUGUCUCCUUUUGGUGCCAUUUCACGCACCUCUAAAACGGGUUACCAGACCACUGGGCCUGUACAGGCCAUGGCGUCCUCACAGGCCUCGGGCUCCAAACACAUGACCAUGACAGACUAUCCAUAUGGAAGCCACAGCGGAUGGGGUGGAUCGUCCUACCCUCAGCACCAGAGCAUCAACUCUCAGGGACACUUCAGCGAGCGUCUGCCCAUGUCUGCCCCUGACCGUGAGCAGCUCAAGAUUGAGCUCCAGCAAGUCAACCAACAGAUCAGUCAGCAGACCCGCGGGAUGGAGGCUGCCAGUAACUCCAUGCUCCUGCAGAGGGAGGCGUGUGCGCUGGCUUCUCAGCCUACGGCUGGGGUUAAGUGGUCUUCAGGUGGCACUGUGUCCAGUGAACAGCUCAGCCUGGAGCUUCAUCAUGUAGAGCGAGAGAUCGGAAAGAGAACCCGUGAAAUUGCCAUGGAGAACCAGGUGGCCCAUGAGUACAAGCUGAAGGCUACUGAAAAUGGGCAGCCUGACCAUAAAGCCCAGCUGGAGGAGCUCUCUUUAGCACUGGGUGAGGUGUCUAAUGGAUCCAGUGGCAUGAAGCCAGCCAGUAGUAUGGGUGGAUCUAUGCUCUCGCUGACCAAUAAGACAUCGUCUCUCACCCUGUGCUCCGCUGACCAAGCGGCGAGUAGCUCAGACCUUCAAAAGAACGGUGUCGUUCACUCUUGCUCUUAAGAGUGUAUUCACACACCUAUAAACACAUACACACGUAUACGCAGACAACCUCUCCAGAGGUCAAUAUUCUUUCUCGGAGGGCUUUGAAAUUUGUCUCUUGACUAAUUCAACCAGUUUCAAGAGCUUUUGCAAGAUGUGUUUUUAAUAUUCAGACGGAGCUGAUAUGAGGGACACAAAUUCACAUACACGAACACGCGCACACACCUGCAUGCUGCUACAUGCAUGCACGACACAAACUUCUCUGUUGUUUUAUUUAGAAAAAUGAGCAGUAUCUGCCGUGACAUAAAUUUUCUUUCUUUUUGUUCUGUGAAUGAGCUUUUUGUUUUAAUGACUUCUCAUCGCCUGGAAACCAGGGCAUCUGAAUAAUGCUUACUUUGUUGUGUUCCCAAUAUAUUAAGAAAGAACAGUCAACCCAAAGCUAGCACAGACAGGACGACGCAAACUAGUGGAAUCAAAACGAGAAUCAAGCGCGCUAUUUUUAGCAUCGGGGCAAGUUUCUGAUUUGCAACUGUGUGUAGUCGGGGCUCUGUUGAAACGUUCAACUCCCUGGAUCCUCUGCAGCCAUGAAUAUGAUCUGACUCACCAGGUUUAAAGUAGCAUGGAGAACCUUUUAUGAAUCCAUUUUUAUGGACCGUUAACACGGGGACUCCUCACAUGAUGCUUGACCGUGGCAGUAUAUCGCUGUAAGGCAGUUCGAUAGGGCUCUGGAUGACACAAGGGGGAAGAGAGAUAGAUUUAUCUAUAUAUAUAUAUAUAAUCAGUUGUCAGGUUUUGUUUAAUUUAUGGUUUGGCUAUAUAACUGUUAAGGAAUUUGUAAAUGUGUGGUGACACAUGUCUAAAGCGUUCUGUUUUAUAGAAUGCAAACAGAUGUCUUUAAAAAUGAGCACUUUUUUCCAUGUUUUCCAUGAGUGUGUGCUUUUUAGUCAAGGAAGUGCAACACUUCACUUCCCUUGUGUUCUUCAGAGCUCUGUGGUGAUUUUAGUUUCUCCCAGUGCCACAGUCUUCGUAAGAUUACAGCCUAUUAGGAAAUAAUUUCAUCAGUUUUCCCUAACUUCUGUGAAGUUGCAUAUUUGGCUCUCCUGGUCGAGUUUGCAUAUUCGGGUCUCGCCACUAUUGCUGCAGAGAAAUAUACCAGGGUGCGUAGUUUCAACAACACCGGGUCCCGUAGUGCUGAACGAUUGCGUUACAGUUUUGACACUCUGGUAAAUGUUUUUCAAAUUUGCUUAGGUGAGAAAUUAGUUAAAGAGAUAGUUCAACCAAUAAUAAAAUUGUUGUCAUUGACUUACCCUCAUGCCAUUCCAAACCUGUAUAACAAGAUUUAAAAAAAAAAAAAAAAAGUAUGGACAAAUACAGUUGAAACAUUCUUCAGAGUAUCUUCUUUUGUGUUCCACAGAAUAAAGUCAGUCAUGCAGGUUUUGAAAGCCAUGAGAGUGGAGUAAAUUGACAGUUUUCAUUUUUGCAUCAACUAUCCCUUUAAAUAAAAAUCCAGACAGUUGUUCAUUAUAGAUGAGCUAUUUAAUGUCUUUUGUUGUCCUCUUUCUCUUUACAACUCAAAAUUAGUUUGGAAUCAAUUCUUCAGAGAUGAUUAUGAAUUUAUGCAAUGAGACAAGCAGAACUCAAAUGUUUCAUGAAUUGAGGCUCGUUGAGUUUAUCCCUCCAUCAACCUGCUUUGGCUUAAACAUGUUUUUACACAACGACUGUUUUCAAACGAGGCCCCGUAAAUGAGGAGAACAAGAUUAUUUGAAGUCUGAAGUCUUCCUAUAGUGAUGACAUUCUUCACGUGUGACAUUUUGUUCUAGUCUCUUGAGACCGACUAUGAUAUACAGCUCCAAUUUUGGGUGCAACCUCUUAACGUGUAAUCUUUUGUGGUUUUUGUGCUAUACCCGUGGUGAUAUAGUUGAUUUCUCUAAUUACGAUGACUUGUAGUCACGGUCAUUAUUUGAUGUUCUUGCUCAUGAAAGAGCACACGCAGCCUUUUCGAAAAGUCGUCGAGAUUGAAAUCGAGCUGUGCCGACAACGCAGAGAUGAUAUCAACCUUACUAUCGAGGUUUAAACUUAUCGCGAAUGUUGUCUUUCUCCAUGCUAAAUCGUUACCUCCUCCCUCUCGACAAGGAAGCUGAAUUCUCGUAGUGUUCAUUUCAUGCGGUUGAAGAUCUCACAAACUAGUUAAGGCUUUGCCUGAUCUGAAACGAACUGUGUAGGGUUAGCUUAUGAUUUCUCAGCUGAGACGCUUGUUUCCUUUCUGGGGAAUCUGACCUCUGGCUAGCCCUUCAAGAUCUUUCCACCUUUUUUGUAGCCCAAUAAUGAAAGUGAAACUCAUAAGAACAUGCCUGGCUCACAUUUCACCAAAAAAUUUAGAAAGAUAAAAAAAAUUUAUAGGGUUAUUAGUGUUUUGUUUUGUUUGCAUUGACAUUUUCAUGACAAAUAAGCACAUCUUCCUCCCCAAAUUUAAAAUACAUGGAGAACUGUACUUUAUUUGAAUGAGUUGUUAUAUAUAUUAUUAUUAUUAUUAUUUUGAGAUGAAAUAUGUUCCGGUAAUGUUCUUGUCAGGUUCCAUGAGAUUCACCUAUAUGUGUACUAUAAUUUCUAGAUAUUGUUCACGAAUAUGUGCCACCUCAAAUUUUGAGGAAGGAGGAUAUGAUAAAUGCUCUGAGAAAUCCAUUUGUUUAUACAAGGAAAAUAAAAAGCAACUGCACAGGAGGCGUUUAAAUCGAGCAGCUUAUCUUGACGCCUCAUCUUUAGAGGUGUAUGAACGUGACUAAGAAUAGUUAAAUGGCAAGGCUUUUAUACAGAAGUGAGGAUUCCUGCUUAUUUUCCUCCUCCCAGCUGUUUUCCAUACAAUUUCCAGGAGCUUCGCUAACACGCUCCUGUCACCGGUUAGCAAUGGGUUUUCUUUGGUUGUUGUUAGGUGCAAGUACUAGCAUGGCAAGCAUUGCUAACUGCUGCUACGACAGGCAAACCUUUAGCCAGCGUUUGGCAGGUGUGCUGAGAUUAUUUUUUUUUGCGUUUGGCUUUCACGGAGUGCCCAAAGCUGUACGACGGUAAGCAUUCUUGAGUGAUGCACUGCCAGGAUGCUGCUCCUAUUUGAAUCUUUGGAUUGUAUGGGAAUGUGCUAUCUUGUAUUUAAUAUUUAGCACUUGCUUGGGUGCUGUAGAACUUUUUUUUUUCCCUCUAAUGAUCAGUGAUCUCACUGAGCGAAUUACUUUGGCGUGGAUAUUUUUUGUUUGUUUUACAAAUUAAUGUCAACCACCCACACAUAGCAACUUAUGGGAAACGACUCAGUAAGGCUCAUUUACAGUUUUGUGCAUGAGGUUAUUUUUCCUCAAGUAAGAAAUUGCAGAAUAAUGUGAUUUUCUUUGAGAAUGGGUCUGUUCCUAAUGGAUGAUAUUCAUUUCUCUGCCUGGAUUGUGUCUGUUUUGAACAGACCUGUUGAAUUCAUUUAAAUGAAAUGCAAAUUAACUCAUUUUGAAUCUUAUAACACUGUUAUGGCUGUCUUUAUUUUUUUUUUUGUCAUUUUGUUUGUUUUAUUCCUAACUUUUUGGGAAAUGUAAUGGCUUUUUUAUGAUUACUUCCAAGUUGUCUUGUAAAAUCUCUUAAAUUAAGGUACAGGCUCAAUUUCAACAAGGAAAGGUUUUAUAUAUAAAUAUAUAUUAUACUCCAUUAAGGAAUGUUUAGAACCAUCUUACUCCAAUGUGGAUGUAGCCAUUAUUACGCCAUUUUAUGACUUUGUAAAAGAAUUCACUGUGUGAAAAUUGGUUUGCAUUUUUGUAUAAUACAAUCUGCUUUUUGUUUGUUUAAAAGAAGGUGAAACUGGAUAUUAGUGGACAAGAUUUAAAAAAAAUAAUUUAACAGAACCUGUGAUAUUGAGAAGAAAAUGUAACUUGUGUACAACGAUUCUAAAUGAGAGGGAUGGAAUAAACAAUACUGGUAACACUGCUAUAAA